AGGAGGCGGAGCUGCCGGCGCGCCCAAGCAGGCCUGAUCCGCUCCCCGGUGUGGGCGCCGCUCAUCGUCCUGCCUGGGCUCCGCUGUGCUGCCCGGGAUGGGGCGCAGGAGCCGCUCUUGCAGCUGGCCGGGCAGCCGCCCGCUCUGAGGCCGGGCCGGGCUGGGCUGGGGCCGGGGGAGCCGCCGCGCCGUCCCCUGAGCCGCCCGGCCCGGGCGCCGAGAGACAGCGGCACCACGAGCGCACGGCGCGGCCGGGAACGGGCAGGCGGUGAGCUGGAGCGAGCGGGGCCGAGCCGGGGAGGGAGUCCGCUGCUCGGGCGCGGGGAGCCCAGAGGGGCUGCACCCAUCGCGGGCGGGCGGGCGGGUGGGCGAAGAGAGAGACCCUGCCUUUGCGGCCGCCAGCCUCCUUUUGUUGUGGAGAAGGGGCUGGGUGUGUUCCCAGCAGGUCUUCCUCACACGGCUCCUCUCGGCGCCUCCAUCACCUGCACCCACCUCCGGGGUUCAGGGGCGCAUCCCCAGGCGGGGCGCUUCCUCCGGCACCUCAGCCAUGUUUCGUCUGAUCACCCACUCCUGGGCAAACUGGGCAUUGUGUGGACCGAUGGGCUUGGGCAUAGGUGUGUCGAGAGGCGCGGAUGGAUGCUCUCGCGUGUACCAGUUCUCGGUGGUGUGCAGCGUAGAUGCGUGUCUCUAGAUAACAGUUGUGCACGGAUGUCUGUUUACAAGCAGGUACGUGGGCGAGAGUAAAGGUGUGCCUCUGGCUGUCUGUCUGCGCGUAUCUCUAGGAUGCUGGCACUUGAGCCCCUCCCCCAGCCAGCCUCGCUCCCCCUCCCCCAAGAUGGCUCCUGCACAAUCCCCAAGGCGCUUCUUCGAGCAGAGAAAGGCUGGGGCUGUGUCUGGGCCGCCUGGGAAUUGGGGAGGGGGGGCGCUCUGGCACCUGCUGCACAAGCUUGUUCUCAGCCCCUCCGCCUCUGGGCCGGAUCACUUUUGAGGUUCUUCUACCCGUUUGAGGUUCCUGACAAGACGGGGGAUUUCCUGUUCCAGGCAGGGGGAUCCGUGGAGAAACAAUGUAGCCUUUCUCUUAGGAAAAGGGAAGGGGCAGCUGCUUUUAGGAACGAGGGGCCUCACAGCCAAGGCAGCCCAGGCGGAAAAUAAUGGAGCUUGUAUAUGUUUACCAGGCUGUGUGCUCUGUGUGGAACAGAAUGGCCUUGUUGCUGUCUUUUGGAUCAGUUUUGCAAAAAAAGAAGAAGAGAGGAAUAAACACACACACAACAGCAACCCUUGGCUGGCAUCCACUUACCUUUCCCAGAGCUUCCCCAUGGGCUUCUCUUCAGCCAACUGGUUUUGUUGCCCCUUGGGAGCCCAUAUGGGACUAGGGGCUAGCACUAUAUAUAGCCUAGAAAUGUGUGUGCCUGGGAAGCAGGGGGCUCUGUGCUGCCUGUGCCUUCCUGCAGGCACCAUUUACGAAUGUUUCACUUUCCUGUUUUCAUAGAUAGGUAACUUUCCAAAACAGGUAACUGUUAGGGAUGCUUAUGCUAAGUCAGGUCAGCAAGGAACAUUAUUGACCCGAGACUAUGUUUUCUGACUCCAGUUAAAACCUGGAUAUUUUUUAAUGCCCACAAAUUGUAUAAACAUUGGUGUCUGCUCUCUGGUGAUCAUCAGGCAGAAGACAAGACUGAAUUUCCAGAUAAAUUAUUCACAGCCAAGGAGCAGCCCAGCUGCAGUCUGGCUCCAUUAGUGGAUUGUUAACAUUGCAAAAGCCCAUCUCUCCAGCUUUGCUAACUUGUAUUUUGCACAGCUUGCCUGCACUCUGUUUGUACAAUGGGAUAUCCAGCUACAUACUUAAUCGAGGGGAAAGGAAUGGAGAGACUCCUGUGAGGGAAAACACAGGCAGACCUGGGAUGCCAUCUCAUUUAAGAGGCUGCUGUAGAUAAUAUCCUAGGAAUAAGAUGGUGGCUAAUGGGCUCCUGCAAUGUGUACUAGCUUCACAAAUAGUCUUUCUUGCCCCAGAGAUGAGCUGUCUCUGACACACGGGCCAAGUUGCCACUUAAGCAGUUUCUGACUUCUGCCUCUGUUUCUCAUCCUCUUGUGUGAGAGAAGGCCAGGGGUUUUCUUGAAUGCAGUGGAUGUAGGUUGGCAAAGGAAGUAUCUGAGGAUGAACUCGGGGACCAGCAAAGCUCCUGGGAGGAGAUAAUUAUAUUCCUUUGGCACCCACUCCACUAGCCAGAGUGCAGCAAAGCCAUAAUUUUGAAGGAAUUACAUGAUGGACUACAACUUUACCAGGCCCAGCUAGCAUGUGCCAUCUAGGGCUGUUUGGGAGUUAUAGUUCAAAACUUUGGAGGGUGCUAUGUUGACAAGGGCUGCUUUAGGACAAGAGACAUCUGGUUGACAGGUAAAACAUAGUGGUUCUAGGAUGCCAAUGUGUAUCCACAUAUUCUGUUUUGAGAUAUUUUGUUCCUUAAGAGGAGCCAUCUUAUUGUGAACAAGGAUGUGUCUGGACUGGUUUUCUUAAUCUUCAGGUUCCCAGUGGCAGACUUUGGAUCCCCAAAUUUCAGUGGCACCCUGUGUGAUGCUAAACUUUGGUGCCCCCCUCUCAUGCCCCAUUCUACAUCACUGUUGUGGUGCCCCCCUGUGGUGCCAGUGCCUAGUGCGGCCAAACUGGCUGCGCUACCUUAAAACUACCUCUGAGGUUCCCCACACCCUUCCAUUUAAGCAAGGCCUUGUUAUCUUCACCACGAAUAGAGCAAACUCUGGUGAGGUUAUUCAUCCAGCAGACUCAGCAAGGCACUGGGAUGCUGCCCUGGCACACGUUCUGAGAAAUGGCUACUUUUGAGAUUCCAGCUCUGCAAUGUGGUUGGAGUAGAGCAAGUGCACCCGGCCCAUUGCGAACCGUUAGGAAGCUACAUGGCCCUGAGACCAGUGUGAUGUGCUCUGCAGCCCGCUUCUGCUUGGAGCAUGACCCAUAUACAGCAGUGGUGCUCGUGUCAGUUGGUUUGGCAAGGAAGCUGCAAAUUUGUACGGGGCUUCAUUCAUUCCCUGAACCAUCAGAAUGCCCCUGGCUAUGUUGUCUUCUGCUCUUGAGCUCUCCUUAGUGUAUGCUUUGUUGGGUGUGCCGUAGUGGCAGGUGAGAUGUGUGAAUCUCUGGAAUGGGAAUUGUUGCUUCAGCUCAGAUGUUUAUAUUGUUCCUCUCAUUGCACUUUCCUCACUGUGUCCUGGAGCAAGUAAGUAGGGUGUUUGGGACAUGCAAUGUUAAAAUUAAAUGAGAGUGCCUUAUAAAUCCUUUUUCCACUCUGCUGCAUUCACAAUAAACAUACUUAGGGGCAUUACUAGGACCUUAAAAUACUCAGGGCACAUGCCCAUGAUAUAUAUUUGCAUAUGUUAAUUUCCGUUCAUGUGUAGGUGUAAAUUUAGGCUCCCUUUCAAAGGGAAAGCUAGCCUGCAAGCAAAAUGGUUUUGGGAAAAAAAAAGAGGGGGGGGCAAGAGAUCUAGGACCUAGUGCAAAAGAUCCAGGACUCAAGACUUCUGUUCUAUCCCCCAUAUAAUGUCCCAGCAUGUAUUUCAGAAGUUGUGAAAAGCUGUGGUUUGUGUGCCAGGGUGAACACUGUCGUUUUAGUUCAACUCUUUUCAACCCCUAGCUCACAGCUGAUAUAAAAACUCCCUGCACAUAGAAAUGUGGGUGUUUGGGAGAAAUCCAUGCUUUCCCUGACAUUUACAUUACUUUGUGGGUGCAUUUUUCCCCAUGGGAAAGCAUUCAACCUCGCUCCAAACCUUCAGGUCAGAUGGUAGAUCUUUAGGAAGAGUGUUACAAUUUAAUCUGUUGGUUGUGUGAUCUAGACCUGGAUGAAGUGAAGAUUCCUAUACGUUAGGGUUGCAUCCAAAGCAGCAUCAACAGAGUCCUGCUGGCAACAGUGGCACUUCUGUUUCUUCUCCUACCCCUGGUGUUCCCCCAAAAUCUUCUCCAGAGGGUUCCCCAAUCCUCCAGAGCUGAUUUUGAGAGUGUAUGUGGAGCUGAAUGGGAGAGGAGGUUCCAUUCCAUUAGCACAAGGUCUUUUGUACCAGUGGAACAGGAGCGUUGGACACUGCCCACAGUCAUUGUGAAUUUGGAGGCAGAAGGAAGUAGUGAUGAUCAACUGAUUGUUGUAAAAUGAAUACAGGAGUGUUUUCUUGUGCAUACAUAUUUUGGAAAGAGUGACUACUCCCACACCCACCACCAAAAAUUUAUUCUGACAGCUCAAUUAAAAGAGCAUGAGACUCAUAAUCUCAGGGUCAUGGUCAAGGGUUCAAGCCCCAUGUUGGGUGAAAGAUUCCAUUGCAGGUGGUUGGACUAGAAUAGAUGAUCCUCGUGGUCCCUUCCAACUCUACAAUUCUAUGAUUCUGUUAUUCACUGCCUCCCCAUGUAAGGAGAGAGUUAUUGGCCAGUGUGGUGUAGUGGUUAAGAGCGGUAGUCUCAUAAUCUGGGGAACCGGGUUCGCAUCUCCGCUCCUCCACUUGCAGCUGCUGGGUGACCUUGGGCCAGUCACACUUCUUUGAAGUCUCUCAGCCCCACUCACCUCACAGAGUGUUUGUUGUGGGGGGAGGAAGGGAAAGGAGAAUGUUAGCCGCUUUGAGACUCCUUAAAGGGAGUGAAAGGCGGGAUAUCAAAUCCAAACUCCUCUUCUUCUUCUUCUUCUUCUUCUUCUUCUUCUUCUUCUUCUUCUUCCCUUUUUGUGAGGGUCAUAGAACUCUAUAGUGCAGUAGUAAGGCACAAAGUCUGCUGUUUCAGUCACAAAGGAUGAAAGAGAUUUUAUGGGAUUAAGGUAUGUGGGUGAAUGUACUGAAUAUGCAGCUGUCUGACGUGCUAAAUGCUUUGUGAUUAGCCCAGCAUUUGCCUGAAUGAAACAGCUUAUUAUAACUUUCCUCUGUAUUAAGCUGAGAGCCAGAUGCUUUGUCCUGGUGCCUGAAGUAGUUACUUGAAAACUCCUAUUUCCUUCCAUCAAUGGCAGUGAGUGCAGUGAAAUGUUUGACUUUGGCAUAAGGUAAGACUCCAAAUAAAUAAAUCUAUUGUUAUAGAGACUUUAUUCUUCUUCUAACACAGGGAUGCAGAACCCCUGGCCCUCCAGAUGUUUCUGAACUACCCAUCAGCCCCAGCGCAGAAAUGGACAGUGGACAGGGAUGAUGGGUGUUGUAUUGCAGCAACAUCAGGAGGGCCAAAAGUUCUCCACCCCUGUUCUAACAAAACCUACUUACACACAGUCCCAUGUUCAGUACUUCCUAACAUUUCAAACAGCUAGAAUGAAUUAAAGGAGCAGGUUUAUUAUUAUUUUUAAGCUGAUAUUUCAUGCACAGUAACUUGAGAUGAUGAUGAUCAUAGAAUCAUAGAGUUGGAAGAGACCACAAGGGCCAUCGAGUCCAACCCCCUGCCAAGCAGGAAACAUGAUGAUUAUAUAUUUAUACCCUGCACUUUUCCCUCACAGGGAUUGUGAAGGUCUAGGCGGGGAAACAAAAAUAUUUGGAGGGGAUACCCAGUUCCACACCAAAAAGCCUUACCCUGCCCCCUAAAGUGAAAAAAUAGGCUUAUGAAACAUUUUCUUUUGGAAUGGUGGAUAGAGUUUUACUCCCCAAAAUGAUUUCUAAAAACUUCAUAAUAGGAAGACUUUUAUGUAAGACUUUGUACAGUACAAGAUCCUUACAAUAUUAUUCCUGUACACUUAGAAUAAGCAGGUCAUGAGUUGCACACUGAAAGCACAAUUCUCAAAUGCAAAAGCAAGUUGCAUUGCUACCUCUGUGAGGCACUGCAAUUGACAUGUGAAAGAUUCAGUUACUUUGCUUGUGGGCUUCCUCUUGUUGGCACAGUUGUUGGGUUUGUUUCUGUGCUCUUGCCUGGGCCUCAAAGGACUGUGGGUGUGAGUGGAGAAAGUAGAGGUUUUAGAAGUCUCUGAUAAAUAUGAUGACAGAUAUUAAGAAGCGGAAACUGAUGGCAAUAGCUCUGAAAAUGAGACUGAUUAAAUUCCAUGGAGUAUCCAUUGAGUCUUGGUCACCCUCUUUUCCCCUCUCAGUUCUUUUUAUGGAAUUGAGUGCUUUAUGUCUGCUUGACACUGGAGGUCUGGAGGAGACAAUAAUAUUCUUUGUCUUGCUAUAAUGUUGAUGAUUUAUUCUCUCUGUAUAGUGUUUUGCCUGCUCCUCAUAAACUGGUAGAACCAAAGAGGUGCUAGGUUCCUUACAGCCUUCUUGACCAUUUGGCCCACUAUUGGUCUCUUCUGCUGAACAUAUUGGAGCCUGUCUUUGCAUACAGGGAAAGUCCUUAACUUACUGAGGAUUUGAGAUCCAUUGGCCACCCUUACCUGGUUUAGCCAGCCAGUUGAAGCCAUUUCCUGGAGUGUGCCACUGUCACAUUCUGACAGCCUAUAGGAGCCACAGGCGAGAGCUGAGUGCAGGGUGGGAACCAAAUGUGGACAAACUUUCCCAGAAAGAGCUUUACAAGUCCCCUGCCAGAGGUACUCCUCCUCCCCUAACACCCCUCAAUCUGCAUAGUGCAUUAAAAAAGUAUUGCAAAUGUUUCAGGGUCCCCAGAAAUGUCUGUUUUGAGGUAGUGGUGGGAAAAACCCUGGGUUUUUAAAUCAUGGCUUCAAUAUUUCCAGAAAAUUUACUUCUCUAGUUAGACCUUAGACUCCUUGGGAAUCCUGAGAGUGCCAUCCUAACCAUUCCUAUUCAGAAGUAAAGGUACCCUUGACCAUUAGGUCCAGUCGUGUACAACUCUGGGGUUGCAGCGCUCAUCUCGCUCUAUAGGCCGAGGGAGCCAGUGUUUGUCUGCAGACAGCUUCCAGGUCAUGUGGCCAGCAUGACUAAGCCGCUUCUGGCAAAACCAGAGCAGCGUAAGGAAAGUCGUUUACCUUCCUGCCGGAGCAGUACCUAUUUAUCUACUUGCACUUUGAUGUGCUUUCAACAGCCUAUAGGAGCUGGAACCGAACAACGGGAGCUCACCCCAUUGUGGGGAUUCAAACUGCCGACCUUCCGAUUGGCAAGCCCUAGGGUCAGUGGUUUAGACCACAGCGCCUCACGCGUCCUUCUGUUCAGAAGUAAGUCCUAUUAAACGCAGUGGGGCUUACUCAGAUAAUUGGGGCUAGGAGUGCAGCCCUGCUCUGCGUUCUGUUCUUUCUGCCUGCUUUCUGCUAUUAUCCUACAAAUUCAUUUUCACAGAUGGGGGGGGGGGGAGAUCCUGCUGAUAAGGAUAAGAUCAGAUACUCUUCACAUGUGUGCAAUUGUGCCUUAGAUCCAGCUUGCCUUUUUUUAUCCCCUCCACACACACAAAAGGGACUCCAGCAUGGGAUGGCAGGAUUUCAAAGUGAAAGUGGAACAGCCCCUCUUAAAUAAAGCUCCUGUUGAGAAUUGUUCCCUUCCAAAUGCUGUGGAACUGGUGCCUUUUUAUGAUAAGAGGUGUCAUGAUGGGUGAUUGAUCUGUGUUAUCUGUCAUGUCUGUGUGUGCAGGAUGUAGGUCUUUGAGGGAGCAAAGGAUAAUUGAAUACAGAAAAGGGGGCGUAGGGGGUGCUGGUCUGGUGUGGUAAAGGUCUAGUUCCAGAGCUGGUAUCUGUGUUGCUGUUGGAGAGAUAAGACAGGCCCUGGUCCCUGGAAAGGGAUGCAGUGCCUAACUUGGAUCAUUCCCCUCUUGAUUCCUGUGUCUGCCCUCCCCAAAGCUCAAGGGACAUCUGCCCUUCUUUCAUUUCUGAUGUUAAGGGCAGGAGGAUAUCAGUGCUGGCAAGUGGAAAGCCCUCUCCUUCCUUCUUAAUAACCCCUUGUUGAGUGCCAGCCCUUCAUCUCUUUUGUUUUUGUUUCUUUGGCUGGGCUGCUUCUUGCCCAUUUGCCAACAUUUCUUUAUAGGGGGAGAUAGAAUGUCAGGAGAGUUAUUAGAUUGAAAAAGCUCAUCUACUUAGACUGGAAUCAAUGCCAUAGUGUAAGCAUGCAUAGUCAUUCUGCAGGUUGUGGGUGAUGGUAGUGAUAGGAUGGCCACCCUUUCCCCAUGAAACAUGCCCAAAAUUUGUGGGGAAGACAGAAGGGGUAGUACUUGCUUGCCUUUAACACACUGUGCUCUUAUGAGAGUGUUUGGUGGGUGCUGCUGGUAGGGAAGGUGUAUUUGCUGACCCCUCCAUCUUUCCCAAACAGGCUUGGUGCCUGGGCCAGAGCCCCCUACACUGUGCCCCCCUGAUGCUGGCUGGCCUGUGCCCAGAAGAUGAGCAGAUUGCUGGUGGGAGUGACCCUGGAGAGGAUCUGCAAAGCUGUGCUGCUCUUAUGUUUACUGCACUUCCUCAUCAUCAUGAUCCUCUACUUUGAUGUCUACGCCCAGCGCCUGGACUUUUUCAGCCGCUUCAAUAUGCGCAACUCCUCCCGCACUCUGCCCUACGUCAACGUCUCUCGGCCUAACGGGACCGCCGGGCCUCUGGGCCCUGAGCUCCUGGCCCCGAGUGUGAAGUCCGUCAGUAUGAACAGCACUGUCACCGAGAAGCCCUUACCACCUUGCCCAGAGAUGCCUCCUGGCCUAGGUAAGAUUACAGAUGAGCUCUGUCUGCCUCAUGCCGUGUCCUACAGAAGGCCCUUUAGUGGGGAAACUGUAUUGCAGUUAUUGGGUUUAUUUGUGCCCUGCUUGCCACCUGCUGUUUUCCUGUCAAUGCAAAUAUGUCAAGUGGCUUUGGCUCCUGAUAAUAGGAACUAGAAGAUCUAGGAAUCUGCAGAACAGGCAUGGUAUUGCAAAUCAUAGGCUCCAAUAGCCUCUACCAUUGGAGCCAAUCCUGCAGUGGAAAAACAGUUGGGAAUAUGUGGACAGUAUUUGUUGAAAGCUGGCAAACUGAAUAGUGUUCUUAGUAUAUUUACAGUGAUCAGAUAGCGGAUUUUUUAUUUCCUUUUUUGCCAUGGCAACUCCUUGUCUCUUUCCCAGCCCCACUGUACCUAGCUGGUGCCUUUCUGCAAGUGGGCUACAAGUAAUUGGGGAAAGGGCUCAGCUUCUGCACAGACACGGCUUAGUAGGGGCUACAAGGGUUAGCUCCUUCUUAUGCUGAUCUCUGAAUGAAUGCAUGAAGUAGACCAGCUUUCACUCACCUGAUGCCCUCCAAAUGUAUUGGACUACAACAUGGCUGCGGCUGAUGAAACGUAGCACAAAAACAUCUGGAAAGCACCUGGUUAGUGAAGACCAAAGUAGACCAUCUCCUCACCCUAGGGGGCAAAACAUUUAAGGCAUAGAGAACUUAAUACCCUUAUUCCUGACAGGUGAAUAAAGAGUUGAAGCAUAAGCUUUGGUACAGUGGUACCUCUGGAUGUGAACGGGAUCCAUUCCGGAGCCAUGUUCGCAUCCUGCAGUGAACGCAACCCGUGUCUACGCGUGCGCGUGUCAUGAUUCGCCACUUCUGCGCAUGCGCGUGAUGUCAUUUUUGACUGUCUGCGCAUGUGCGAGUGGCAAAACCGGGAAUAAUGGGCUCCGUUACUUCCGGGUCACCGCAGCGCGCAACCCGAAAAUACUCAUCCCGAAGCUACUUUAACUCAAGGUAUGACUGUAUUGAUAUUUAACUGGUGCUAAAACUUUUAUUAAACAAUGCAAUCUGCAACAAGCAACAACCUUUCCUGUUAACUCUGAAUCACUUAGCUGGGUAUUCAAGUUAACUCUGCUUUGACUGUUUGCUGUCUCUAUGCUUGAUACAUGUUUCGCUAUUUAGGUUUCUUUGCUGAUUUUUUUCUGGGCAGUGCCCCACCAACUUGGCUGGUGAAAGGGACAUGAGCUGUUUGUGUAAGUCAAGAGGCUGUGGCUGAUGCAUAGAUAAUGGAGUCCUUUCUCCUGCAGUGGGCCGGCUCCUUAUCGAGUUCAGCACUCCCAUGAGCAUGGAGCGGGUGCAACGGGAAAACCCAGAUGUGCGGGAGGGCGGCAAGUAUUCUCCCCCAGACUGUGUGCCUCGCCAGAAGGUGGCCAUCCUCAUUCCGUUCCGGCACCGGGAGCACCACCUCAAGUACUGGCUGCACUACCUGCACCCGAUUCUACGGCGCCAGAAGGUGUCUUACGGCAUCUAUAUAAUUAACCAGGUGCGUAGAGAAUGAUAAUGUGAAGCAGUGGUGCAGUUGGGUCAUUGAGUAUUCUGGACUGAAUGGUCUCAUGGGCAUCUCCUUCAGAUGGUAAUGUGCAUUACUUCAAAAUAUGGUGUUCCAGCCCUGCUGUGCUCCAAAGCAGAAGGAGUAGGGCCUGGAUAUCUGACCCAAAGUUCUGUCCUAAUGGCACCACUGAUGCGGAAGAGAGCAAGAUGGUUGGGUUUAGAACAUAGUGCCAUCCGGUUCCCUUGAGAGGAACCUGAUUAGGGAAAGCGGUAUGUUAGUUUUCAUGAAUAUAUGCCUCUCUGUUCUGAGUGGAAGGCUUCCUGCUUUGUGGGGGAAGUUGAGUGUGGGCCUUACAAUGCACCAUGAACUUUGCACCUAUGGUAAGUGUGGAAUGUGACGUAGAUGCUUCUCACUUGCUUCUUGUUUUAAAAAAAAUCAGGCCUGUUCUCUGACAUGACAGUAAAUCUGCAAUACAGUUGGUGGGACAUUGCAAGAUCUAUAAAGGGAGAUAUAACAGUUCUAGAAAAAAAUAGGAAAACAGUAGAAUGUUAUUCACAAUGAAAUGUAACAAGAGAGAGGUCAGCCAGAUGCAUCAGGUAAGAGUAAAAGGGUUGUGGCAGUUGAUAUGAUCCUGUCCUUCAUUAUCUUUCCGUACAGUUUGGUGAAGACACCUUUAACCGAGCUAAGCUGUUGAAUGUGGGCUUCCUAGAAGCCCUUCGAGAUGAUGAGAGCUAUGACUGCUUCAUCUUCAGCGAUGUUGACCUGGUGCCCAUGGAUGACCGGAAUCUCUAUCGCUGUUAUGACCAACCCCGGCACUUUGCUGUUGCCAUGGAUAAGUUUGGCUUCCGGUGAGUUUGUGCACUUUGAUCUUUUUGGAAAUGCCAGUGGCCCCUUGAAAAUGUUCAGAGUAUCAGAGGCAAAAUUGAAGGAGGAAUAUAUGACUUUAUUGCACACAUAACUUAUGUACUCUCAUUCUGUGUGGCUUGGACAUUGUGGGGACUUGCAAGCUGUGAAAUGUGUUUCUUAUCUAGAUUGCAGUACAGGAACCUCCCCCGUUCUUAAGACUACCAUGUCACAUUUCUUCAUAAUUUGCAGGGUUUUUGUACUUAAAAGUGGGGAUAUACAACGGCUUUGAAUGAAUCCCAAGCCAAAGCAGGGUGCUUUGCAGGGAUUCUGGGAUUGUCUGAGACAAAGUGGAACCUCUUCAAGGAUCCAGAGACAAAGUGGGGAUUUCCCAAAGUGCCUCAUGGCACCGUGACAACUCUGACAAUUGUCUGCUGAAAGCAAAACUAAUGUAGCUAACCUUAGUGUAUAAGGAAAACACAAGGGGUGUGGAAUGGCUGAAGUAGAACAAAUGCCAUGGUAAGGGGGGGGGGGCGGGAUUCUGCUGUGAUGUGACUGACAGGUCAAGCUUGUAACCAGAGGGAAUGAGUUCACCUGGAGUCUUCAACCCCAGUGCUUUGUGAGGAGGAAAGGAAAUCCUUUUUAGUUCUGUCCCCUGCCUCCCAAGAUUAACUUUAAAAGUCCCUAGUUCACAAAAGUUGAACCAAUUUGUCUGCCAUUGGCAGGUUUCAUACCUAGGGAAACCUCUUUUGUGUCUGGUUUCCGAACAAUUGCCCUCAAAAGACAUGGGAAGUUUAAGUGGACACUUUUUACCCAUCCCCAAACUGUGAAGGCUGUCCUUAUGGGAAAACCAAUGAAGCUAUCAUUCAAAAAUUUGACAGGAUUCAUCUUUCUUGGAGACUCUGAUGCCUGCAAAUUUCAUCCAAUAGUGGGGGAGGGGGAAAAGUUUCCUUAGAAAAAUAACCAUAAAAUUUCAAAGGUACCUGACAGAAAAAAGCCCCACCCUGGAACUAUUUGGCUGGCUGAAUCCGCUAUGGAGCGGCAAAUGUGACUGCAAAUUUUAUCCACUGUAAAAAGGGGGAAAGGUAUAGCUUAAAAAACAACAACAACCCAAUAGUGAACGAGGGGAAAUGAAAUCUUGUUUUUCCCCAACUCAGACUCAGAAGCACUUGGGACUGAGGCAUGUUGUUUUCUGAAGUACUGACUCAAGGUCCAAACUGAAUCUUCUGUUUGGUGCACACCCCUAAUUUAAACUUUGCUGCCUCUUAUAUGACUAGAUGAAAUGCUCCAGGGAAGUCCUUGUGAUACUACAUUAUGGAAUAGGCGCUUGCAAAACCUAUAUGAAGGUGAUGUAAACAAGCAGACAGGAUCCCCACGUGAAUGUUCUGUGUUGCCUAUAUUCUUACCUGCCAAACAUGGCAAAAGGAGAUGGAGGAGGUACAGUGUAUAUAAAAUGGAACCCUGCAUUCCAGCUAAGGAGAAGGGAAAUGGGAAGGAUUUAGGAGAGACCUGAUGCAGUGGGAGCAAUGGGUGACAUCACAUGGCUGAUUUGGAAAAUGGGAUUUAGACUGUGUCAGGUGUAGCUUGGACCACCCAGGUUCUGUGCUCCUGAACCCAUUCGUGGCUUGACUGAUUCCCAUCUCUCCUGCUUGUCCUCUGCAGGCUGCCAUACUCUGGCUACUUCGGAGGUGUCUCUGGCCUGAGCAAGACACAGUUUCUGAAGAUCAAUGGCUUCCCUAACGAGUACUGGGGCUGGGGUGGGGAAGAUGACGACAUCUUUAACCGGUGCGUGAGAGGCUGGGCCAAGCCUAGCCAGAACUUGUUCUCUGCAAGUUGGUUGUAGUAGCCAUGUAGUCUGUUUUUCCGUGUGGUGUCUCCUGGGAAUGUGCUGAGUGGCAAGGAACAGCAUUCUCUUCUGGGGUGGGGUAGCUGUGCAAAUGGCAGGUGGCAAUAUGCAACACUUGCCUUUCCUAUAACAAUGCUCCCAAAUCUGAGAGAGGAGGACAUAGGCAGGUAGGUAUUCCACAGCACAUAACAGGCAGGGCCAAAUAGAAGGCCUGGGGAGCCAAUACUCUGAAAGCCAGAAGGGGUUGGGGGUGCUGAGGACUGGAGGGUGAGGACUAACUCCAGCUUUAUUUAGAGUUUGCCCCCAACCUGUCUGCUGGUCUUUGAGCUGCACUUUUUCUUUACACAGGAUCUCGCUUAAUGGCAUGAAAGUGUCACGUCCUGAUGCCCGCAUUGGGCGCUACCGCAUGAUCAAGCACGAGCGUGACCGACACAACGAGCCCAAUCCCCAGCGGUGAGAGAGACAAUGUGCUUGCUAGCUCCCUACCUAGUCCAUUGCAAGCUACAUAAGGAGAUAGAAAGCUCCCACAAAAUUUCUGCACCAUUUCCCUGGGCACAUAAUGGCUUUCAAGCCUGAUUUCCAAUGGAAUAUAAUCUUCCAGACAUAUCUUCCCUUUUAUAGCAUACUACUCUACACCUCGUGAGGAGAGAGGGGCCACAUUUGUUUGCCUCCCUGUAGAAUGUCCAUGAAACAAACCAAGAUAGCCUACAAGUCCUUAGCCUUCCCCCAGAGAGUGUUUUCUAUUACUGCGUGUGCAUUCCUCUCUUUCUGAUCUACCCCCAGUUUUAAUUCCACUCUCUGCCUCUUCUAAGAGACACAGACAUGAAUCAGAGUCCCAACCAUGCACCAGGUGUGUUUGGUUAAAUCUAUGUUCUGCUAGUUCUAGGCAAAGAAAGAGAAAGGGACUCCUGUCCUGUGCCCUAACAUUUAUUGUCUGGAACCAGAGAAAAGCCACAGCUGGCAUGGUUUCAGGGCAAUACACUAAACCUUAUUUCAUGAGACCCUGACAUUCCACUUGAGAAGGUUGUGUGGUGGUAGUAAUCACCUAUCAUGAGAACUAAAUGCAGUCACCAUCCAUGGCCCUCCAGGAUCCUAUGACGCCAUCACACUUUGCAACCUUGCUAUAUCAUUUGACAGGGACUGUUGUUUUACAGCUGAGCUCUGGGUGGAGAAGCUCACUCUGUUACUUGGGACUUUCAACCUGGAAGGGCUGUGCAUGGUGAUUGUCCAUUCAUGUGUUCAGAAAACACAAUUUCAUUUCGGAAGUCCCAGUGCUUUGUAUGCUGGAAAUCUGACAUAAGAAAUUGCUUUAUUGUGCGUGGAUAAUGCCACAUAAGGCUCUUCCCAAAAUCCUUCCAAGUGGCCUGAGCUGUCAUUAGAUUCUCUAUUCCAGGCUUCCUCAAACUCAGCCCUACAGAUGUUUUUGGCCUACAACUCCCAUGAUCCCUAGCUAGCAGGACCAGUGGUCAGGGAUGAUGGGAAUUGUAGUUUUGAAACAUCUGGAGGGCCGAGGUUGAGGAAGCCUGCUCUAUUCCAUUCAUCAAGGAAUGGCUUGUAGGUUUAACUUGAAUUAACCUAACUGCCUACUUUCAUGUGUAAGAUGACUUUCUCUCUGGUUCUCCUGGCAGGUUCACCAAAAUCCAGAAUACCAAGGUGACCAUGAAACGCGAUGGCAUUGGCUCGCUUCAGUACCGCCUGGUGGAGGUGGUUCGUCGUCCCAUGUACACCAAUGUAACCGUGGAGAUUGGCCGCCCACCACCACGCCCCCCUCGGGGCUGACUCUUUGCUGCCUGGCUCUGCCCAUGGCCCCAUGCAUGAGGAGCUGUGCGGAUCCCAGCCCUGACUGGUUCAGAGGACUGUGUCCUGGCUUGGAGGAGCUGUCUGCCUCCUUUGUGGGGAUGCGGGAAAGGCCAAGACUACACCUUCGCCUUGCCCCGGCCUUUGGCUGAAGCCCAUCUCCUGAUCACUAGUCAGUUCUCCACAGUGCCCUUCACAGGUUGGGGAGGAAGUGUGAGCGUGUCGUGGUGCCUGGCGCAGCGCUUAGGGGUCCUGGGCACGGCCAAGCCCCACUCCUGGCUGGAAGGCACUGAGAGCAGAGAAACCUUGUGCAGGUUCUUGAACCUCCCUAUCCUCUCCCAGAACUUUUCACAGAGCGGCAUCCCUUAAGGAUCCCGGAAGUACAGUACAGGUAGUUGUUUUCCUUUCCUCUCAGUGUGCAAGAGUGCCGUCUGAGCCUUCCUUCCAGGGGGUGGCCUGGCCUUACGACAAAUGCCAGCUCGCAAGGUGUCCAGGUGGUUCACUCGUGCCCAGCUGAGGAGAAGCUCUUCCAAAGGAGAAGCUCUCAUGGGCCUGGCCACUGCCCACCUCCAUUCAUGGCUUGGUGCUGUCCCCCUGCUGGGCCCUGGGUGUCACUUCUGGCUCCAGUAACACAGGGGUGUUUUAUACAAAACCCUCAUUCGAAUACUUGAGUGCUUCCUGGGUUAGUGUGACAGGUAGCCUGUCUGUCAAGGGACAACAGGUCAUUCUUCCUAGCAGUGUUUGCUCUUCUGUCUGUGAAUGGGGAAUAUUGGUUGGGCAGUGUGUGCUUCACUUCUCAGCAAGGGUGGAAUCAAAAUGGCAUGGUUCGGCCUACUCUCUGGUGUGGGCUAGCUUCUCUUUUUUACAGGCACCGAUGGGCCUAUGGCCAUGGCUACAGAACAGAGGAAGGUGAAGUUGGCUUCUUGCUGCCUGUCCCCUACCUCUCACCUCCAACCCACUUACCCCAUACCAACCCUCACUCACCAAUCAACUUUCCCGCCAUCUGCCAGGCAACCUGCCGUUGACCACUCAUCGUGCCCUCUUUGUCAAGCUGCCAUCUGCCACCACCUGAGGCCAGGCCCCUGGGUCCGACCGUCUGCUCAUGACACAUGGUGGCCGUGUGCCUAAUUCCUGGAGCUAGGAAGCUGCUGGUGUCCCUCAUCUCUGGUUAUGGUGCCUGGCAGGUAGAAUCUCCUGCGCCGGUCCACUUUGGGAUGGCAGCUGGGCCAGGCUUGAAGCCAGGCACCAGCGUGUUGCGCAGCCCAGGUGUUGGUGACUUUUGUACAUUUGAAUGUUUUGAUCCCUUUUCAAGCCUAUGGUGAAUGCAGCACUGGUCACUACGAUCAGACUUUUGUAUUCAAUAAAGUUUCAAAACUUGGGAGACUCCUUGCCUAUGGGAUUCAGGUGGGGUCUGUGGAUAGAGGCAACACUGCAGGUUUAUGCAAUCUAUCUUGGCAAG